AUGAAGAACUCGAAAGAGAUCAAAAUAGUCAUGUUCCCCUGGCUCGGCUAUGGCCACAUCACCCCAUUCCUCGAGCUCGGCACGAAAAUUGCCGCCUCCCGAGCCAAUGUCAAAGUCUACCUCGUCUCCACCUUAGCCACACUCUCCUCCAUCGAGCAAAAAAUCACCACCACCGCCGGCCGCCGCUCGAUAAACCUCGUCCCUCUCCUCCUCCCAUCCUCCCCCGGCCUCCCGCGCUCCCUCCACACCACAAACGGCCUCCCUCCGAACCUAAUGCCAAGCCUCAAGUCCGCCUUACAAUCCCCCGAGGCAAUGGAUGGCUUCUCCGAUAUCCUCACGGACCUCUCUCCCGACCUAAUAGUGUACGAUUUUCUCCAGCCAUGGAUCCCGGCCCUCGCCCGGGACCACGGCAUCCCGGCCGUGCAGUUCGUCACGUGCAGCUGCACGAUGGCUAGCGUCAUGUGCCACUACUCGAAAUACCCGUCAGGCGAUCGGGCCUACCCGUUUCCCGAGAUUCAAUUCCGAGACUACGAAUCGGCCCGAGAGGUCGGAAAAUUGCUCGAGUGCGCGAACGAUCCAGUCGAACGAGAGAUGGUUUUCCGUGGGAUCGAGGAGUCGUGCGGGGUAGUCCUCUUCAAGGGCUUCCGGGAAAUCGAGGCGCCUUACAUCGACUACGCCGGCUCGCUCGUUUCUAAAAGGUUCAUCCCGGUCGGCCCACUCGUCCAAGAGCCCGUCGGCCCUGUUGAAAAACGGGACCUCGACAUCUUCGAGUGGCUCGACUCCAAGGAGAGGAAGUCCACGGUUUUCGUCUCGUUUGGGAGCGAGUACUUUUUGUCGAGGGACGAUAUGGACGAAAUUGCCCUCGGCCUCGAGCUCAGCGGGGUCAACUUCAUAUGGGUCGUGCGAUUUCCAAAAGUGGAAGGAGAGGAACUGGCGGGGGCCCUGCCUGGAUGGUUUUUGGACAGGGUCCGGGCAACGGGCAGGGGCAAUAUCGUCCUGGGGUGGGCCCCACAGGCGAGGAUACUCGGCCACGAGAAUGUCGGGGGUUUCGUGAGCCACUGCGGGUGGAACUCGGUUAUGGAGAGCAUGACGAUGGGGGUUCCGAUUGUGGCUAUGCCGAUGCAUCUUGACCAGCCGGUCAACGCGAGGCUCGUGGAGAAUGUGGGAGUCGGAGUCGAGGUGGUCCGGGAAAAGGACGGGAGGCUUCUUGGAGAGGCGCUAGCAGAAGCCGUCAGGCGAGUGAUGGUGGAGGAUUCCGGCGAGGUUUUCCGGCGGGCGGCGGCCGGAAUGAAAGCCAGGCUUGCUGAGAGGAAAGAUGAGGAGAUUCAUGAGGUUGUUAGAGAGCUUACUGCACUUUUGGAUAAGGAAUAA